AGGUGUCGCCACCAGAUAGCUAGAGAAGCAUAUGUGGCGACCACCACAGUCGCGGGAAGAUUGUAAAGACGAAGAAGAAGGAGGCACGCCACUCCACGCGCAGUUCUACGGGGCUCGCGAAAGCUGAUCGACUGGCCAGAGCAGAUUUUGCUUGGACUAGUUAAGGAGGCCGUCCUCCCACUGCGGGCGCUGCUCUUGCUGAAGCCAGCCUUUAACCACACUUCCUGUCUGCCCGAGCGCUGACAACGUCGGCGAGGACACAACGGGAGCGAGUGCUGACGGAGGACCGAGGGCGAAGGAGGGCGCCGAGCUAUUGCCGCCAUGACGGAGGAAGAGGAUCCGCCCAAGACGAUCCGGGAGAAGCGGAAGCCUGGAGCUGCCAACGAUGGCGGCAGUCUAUAUGAGGAGACCACCACUGUCAACCGGUCGUGUGAAAGGCCUGCUAAUAAGGACCCCUCACCAAUAGCGACGAGGUCCCGGUCUGUGAAGCCGGCAACGCCGAAAGCCAUCGCCACCACGGCUUCUGCCAAGGUGAGAAAGGCUUCAGGUGAACCGGCACGAGACGCCGACGUGAACGUUCCGUCCACCAGCAAGGGACUUUCACGGAAGGCGCAGAAGGCGAACCGCAAGACGCGAUCACGGAGCUCCUCCCCAAGCGCUGCCAGCUCUACCACCGUGAGGCAGGAGCAUGAUCGAGCCAAGAAGAAAGCGGCCCCGCCCAAGACGACCCUGGCGAAGCGGAAGCCUGCUGCUGCCGACGAUGGGUGCACUCAAUCUCUGGAGACCACCACCGUCAAGCGGCCGCGUGGAAGACCUGCCAAUAAGGACCCGUCACCACCAGCGACGAGGUCCAGGUCUGUGAAGCCGGCAACGCCGAAAGCCAUCACCACCACGGCUUCUGCUAAGCUGAGAAACGCUUCAGGUGAACCGGCACCAGACGCCGAUGUGAACGUUCCGUCCACCAGCAAGGCACGUUCACGGAAGGCGCAAAGGGUGAGCCGCAAGACGCGAUCACGGAGCUCUUCCCCGAGCGAUGGCACCUCUGCCGCCGUGACGCAGCAGGAUGAUCCAGCCAAGAAGGAAGCCGCCUCGCCCACGACCACCCAGGUGAAGCGGAAGCCGGCUGCUGCCGACGAUGGGUGCACUCAAUCUUUGGAGACCACCACCGUCAAGCGGUCGCGUGGAAGACCUGCCAAUAAGGGCCCGUCACCACGAGCGACGAGGUCCAGGUCUGUGAAGCCGGCAACGCCGAAAGCCAUCACCACCACGGCUUCUGCUAAGCUGAGAAACGCUUCAGGUGAACCGGCACCAGACGCCGAUGUGAACGUUCCGUCCACCAGCAAGGCACGUUCACGGAAGGCGCAAAGGGUGAGCCGCAAGACGCGAUCACGGAGCUCUUCCCCGAGCGAUGGCACCUCUGCCCCCGUGACGCAGCAGGAUGAUCCAGCCAAGAAGGAAGCCGCCUCGCCCAAGACCACCCAGGUGAAGCGGAAGCCGGCUACUGCCGACGAUGGCGGUACUCCAUCUCAGGUGCCCACCACCCUUAAGCGGCCGCGUGGAAGACCUGUCAAUAAGGACCCGUCACCACCAGCGACGAAGUCCCGGUCUACGAAGCCGGCAACGCCGAAAGCCAUCACCACCACAGCUUCUGCCACAGCUUCUGCCAGAGUAUGCAUAAAGCUUUCGUUCGAUGGCUUGAUAAAGGAAGAAUCCUUUGCCGAUUUCAACCAUGCCAGUGUCAAAAUCUUCUUGGUCUUCCUCAUUCUUCAAAAACUCGCAUUUUCUCCAUUUUGGCAUGCACACGGUCGUCAGCCUGGCACUCAACAGCUCUUUCAAAAGCCUGUAAUGCUCCACGGACAUUCCCUUCCUUCAGCAGCUUCUUGCCUUCCGACUUGUGAAGCUUGAAAAGCGAGGGCUUUCUUUCCGUGUCUGUUUCGCCAGCCGAAGCCAUGAUUUAGCUGUGCACGGUGGUAAUGUCAGCGAGAUUUUGCUGCACAAGGUUCGGCCUGCAUAUCUUCUACUGCGAGCGUUUUCAGUCUAGCACAAUAUGGUUCAGCAAUUGACACCAACCGCCACACGGGUGAACCGACACCAGACGCCGAUGUGAACGUUCCGUCCACCAGCAAGGGACUUUCACGGAAGGCGCAGAAGGCGAACCGCAAGACGCGAUCUCGGAGCUCGAUCCUCCCCGAACGAUGUCACCUCUGCCGUUGCCAAGGUGCCAAGCGUCAACACCGCUCGCGAAGUCACUCCCAAUGGCAGCAACUACCACCAUUCCUAUAGGGGAAGAAGCCGUGGUAGAUCUAGGCACUGGUCCCGCAGCGGCCGCGGUGAUCACAAGCGCAAAGACAGCCGCCGUGGGAAGUCCACCGCCGAGUCGGAGAGCAGCCGCGGAAGAGGGGAUGAAGCAUGAGCUGAUGCCGACGCUUCUAGAGCAGUACGUGUGCAGCGAGCGCGAGUGUCAAGGGUGGCAGAAAGGAAAAAAAGGCCCCGCCACCCCCGUAGUAGGGAUUCAUCGUCGAGUAGUAGAGGUAGGCGAGUCAUAUGGAUGAAGACUCGCAUUUUCAGUUGUAGAAAUGGCUUCUUAUUGUGUUUCUAAUUUAAAUUUUAAAUAAAAUGCAAAUAAAGAUUUCAUUGAUUGAAUGAAAAAUGGUGAUUAACAAUCACAAUUU